AUGGCAACGUUGCCUCCCCCAGGACCUCAGAGUUUUGUCUAUUUUACAAAACAGUCUCUUGCCCUCAUCGAACAACGUAUUGCUGAAGGAAAAACAAAGGAACCCAAAGAAGAAAAGAAAGAUGAUGAUGAAGAAGGCCCGAGGCCAAGCAGCGACUUGGAAGCUGGCAAACAGCUGCCCUUCAUCUAUGGGGACAUCCCCCCAGGCAUGGUGUCAGAGCCCCUGGAGGACCUGGACCCCUACUAUGCAGACAAAAAAACUUUCAUAGUAUUGAACAAAGGGAAAGCAAUCUUCCGUUUUAAUGCCACCCCUGCUUUGUACAUGCUGUCUCCUUUCAGUCCUCUAAGAAGAAUAUCUAUUAAGAUUUUAGUACACUCCUUAUUCAGCAUGCUUAUCAUGUGCACUAUUCUGACGAACUGCAUAUUUAUGACCAUGAGUAACCCUCCAGAUUGGACCAAGAAUGUAGAGUAUACUUUUACUGGAAUAUAUACUUUUGAGUCACUUGUCAAAAUCCUUGCAAGAGGCUUCUGUGUAGGAGAAUUCACUUUCCUUCGUGACCCAUGGAACUGGCUCGAUUUUGUCGUCAUUGUUUUUGCGUAUUUAACAGAAUUUGUAAACCUAGGCAAUGUUUCAGCUCUUCGAACUUUCAGAGUGUUGAGAGCUUUGAAAACUAUUUCUGUAAUUCCAGGACUGAAGACCAUUGUGGGAGCUCUGAUCCAGUCUGUGAAGAAGCUCUCUGAUGUCAUGAUCCUAACUGUAUUCUGCCUGAGUGUGUUUGCCCUGAUCGGGCUGCAGCUCUUUAUGGGCAACCUGAAGCAUAAAUGUCUGCGGGAUCCGCUGGAAAAUAAUGAAACAUUACAAAGCAUAAUAGAUACCCUUGAAGAAGAAGACUAUAAAAAAUAUUUUUAUUACUUGGAGGGAUCUAAGGAUGCUCUCCUUUGUGGUGUGAGCACAGAUUCAGGUCAGUGUCCAGAAGGGUACAGGUGUGUGAAAGCUGGCAGAAACCCUGAUUAUGGCUACACAAGCUUUGACACUUUCAGUUGGGCCUUCUUGGCCUUGUUUCGGCUAAUGACCCAGGAUUACUGGGAAAACCUUUACCAGCAGACAUUGCGUGCUGCUGGGAAAACCUACAUGAUCUUCUUUGUUGUGGUGAUUUUUCUGGGCUCCUUUUAUCUAAUAAACUUGAUUCUUGCCGUGGUUGCCAUGGCCUAUGAAGAACAGAACCAGGCAAACAUUGAAGAAGCGAAGCAAAAGGAGUUAGAAUUUCAGCAGAUGUUAGAUCAUCUUAAAAAAGAGCAAGAAGAAGCUGAGGCAAUUGCAGUUGCAGCAGCUGAAUACACAAGUACUGGGAGAAGCAGAAUGAUGGGCUUCUCUGAGAGUUCCUCUGAAACAUCCAAACUGAGCUCUAAAAGUGCUAAAGAAAGAAGAAACAGAAGAAAGAAAAGGAAUCAAAAGAAGCUUUCCAGUGGGGAAGAAAAGGGAGACAAUGAGAAGUUGUCCAAAUCAGAGUCAGAGGAGAGUAUCAGGAGACAAAGUUUCCACCUUGGUGUUGAAGGUCAUAGACGAGCACGUGAAAAGAGACUGUCUACCCCUAACCAGUCACCGCUCAGCAUUCGAGGCUCUUUGUUUUCUGGAAGGCGCAGCAGCAGAACAAGCCUUUUUAGUUUCAAAGGUCGAGGGAAAGAUGUUGGAUCGGAGACUGAAUUUGCCGAUGAUGAGCAUAGCAUUUUUGGAGACAGCGAAAGCAGGAGGGACUCGCUGUUUGUGCCCCACAGACCUCGGGAGCGGCGCAGCAGUAACAUCAGCCAAGCCAGUAGGUCUCCCCCAGUGCUGCCGGUGAAUGGGAAGAUGCACAGUGCCGUGGACUGCAAUGGUGUGGUCUCCCUGGUUGAUGGACCCUCAGCCCUCAUGCUCCCCAAUGGACAGCUUCUGCCAGAGGUGAUAAUAGAUAAGGCAACUUCUGAUGACAGCGGUACAACCAAUCAAAUACAUAAGAAAAGACGUUCCAGUUCUUACCUUCUUUCUGAGGAUAUGUUGAAUGAUCCCAAUCUGAGACAAAGAGCAAUGAGUAGAGUAAGCAUAUUAACAAACACUGUAGAAGAACUUGAAGAGUCCAGACAAAAAUGUCCACCUUGGUGGUACAGAUUUGCACACACAUUUUUGAUCUGGAAUUGUUCUCCAUACUGGAUAAAAUUCAAAAAGCUUGUCUAUUUUAUUGUAAUGGAUCCUUUUGUAGAUCUUGCUAUUACCAUUUGCAUAGUUUUAAACACAAUGUUUAUGGCUAUGGAGCAUCACCCAAUGACUGAUGAAUUCAAAAAUGUACUCACUGUGGGAAAUUUGGUCUUCACUGGGAUCUUUGCAGCUGAAAUGGUCUUAAAACUAAUUGCCAUGGAUCCAUAUGAGUAUUUCCAAAUAGGAUGGAACAUUUUUGACAGCCUUAUUGUGACUUUAAGUUUAGUGGAGCUUUUUCUAGCAGAUGUGGAAGGACUGUCAGUUCUGCGAUCAUUCAGACUGCUUCGAGUUUUCAAACUGGCAAAGUCUUGGCCCACACUGAAUAUGCUGAUAAAGAUCAUUGGCAACUCAGUGGGUGCUCUGGGUAACCUCACCUUGGUGUUGGCCAUCAUCGUCUUCAUUUUUGCCGUGGUCGGCAUGCAGCUCUUUGGCAAGAACUACAAAGAAUGUGUCUGCAAGAUCAAUGAAGACUGUACACUCCCACGCUGGCACAUGAAUGACUUCUUCCACUCCUUCCUGAUUGUGUUCCGCGUGCUGUGUGGAGAGUGGAUAGAAACCAUGUGGGACUGUAUGGAGGUUGCUGGUCAAGCCAUGUGCCUUAUUGUGUACAUGAUGGUCAUGGUCAUUGGAAACCUAGUGGUCCUCAACCUAUUUCUGGCUUUAUUAUUGAGCUCAUUUAGCUCAGACAAUCUUACAGCAAUUGAAGAAGACAAGGAGGCAAACAACCUUCAGACUGCAGUGGGUAGAAUUACGAAGGGAAUAAAUUAUAUGAAACAAACCUUACAUGAAUUUAUUCUCAAAGCAUUUUCCAAAAAGCCAAAGAUUUCCAAAGACACAGGAAGAGAAGAUCAAAAUAGUAAGAAGGAAAACUGUAUCUCUAACCGCACACUUGCUGAAAUGAACAAAGAUCGCAAUUUCCACAAAGAAAAAGACAAAAUCAGUGGUUUUGGAGGCAGCGUGGACAAAUACUUGAUGGAAGAAAGUGAUUGUCAAUCAUUUAUUCAUAAUCCCAGCCUCACUGUGACAGUGCCCAUUGCACCUGGGGAAUCUGAUUUGGAAAAUAUGAAUACUGAGGAACUUAGCAGUGAUUCAGAUAGUGAAUACAGCAAAGGGAGAUUGAAUCGGUCGAGUUCCUCUGAGUGCAGCACAGUUGAUAACCCUCUGCCAGGAGAAGGAGAAGAAGCGGAGGCUGAACCUGUAAAUUCAGAUGAGCCAGAGGCCUGUUUUACAGAUGGUUGUGUGCAGAGGUUCCCAUGCUGCCAACUUGACAUAGAGUCAGGAAAAGGAAAAAUCUGGUGGAACAUCAGGAAAACCUGCUACAGAAUAGUUGAACACAGUUGGUUUGAAAGCUUUAUUGUUCUCAUGAUCCUGCUCAGCAGUGGUGCUCUGGCUUUUGAAGAUAUAUAUAUUGAAAAGAAAAAGACCAUUAAGAUUAUCCUGGAUUAUGCUGACAAGAUAUUCACUUAUGUCUUCAUUCUGGAAAUGCUUCUAAAAUGGGUAGCAUAUGGUUAUAAAACAUAUUUCACCAAUGCCUGGUGUUGGCUGGAUUUCUUAAUUGUUGAUGUUUCUUUGGUUACUUUAGUUGCAAACUCUCUUGGCUACUCAGACCUUGGCCCUAUUAAAUCCCUUCGGACACUUAGAGCUUUAAGACCUCUAAGAGCUUUAUCUAGAUUUGAAGGAAUGAGGGUGGUCGUGAAUGCACUCAUAGGUGCAAUUCCUUCCAUCAUGAAUGUGCUACUGGUGUGUCUUAUAUUCUGGCUAAUAUUUAGCAUCAUGGGAGUAAAUUUGUUUGCUGGGAAGUUCUAUGAGUGUGUUAACACCACAGACGGGUCACGCUUUCCAACAAAUCUAGUUCAAAAUCGUUCUGAUUGUUCCGCACUGAUGAAUGUUAGUCAAAAUGUACGAUGGAAGAACCUGAAGGUGAACUUUGAUAAUGUUGGACUUGGUUACCUGUCUCUGCUUCAAGUUGCAACAUUUAAGGGAUGGAUGGAUAUUAUGUAUGCAGCUGUUGAUUCUGUUAAUGUAGACAAGCAGCCCAUAUAUGAAUACAGCCUCUACAUGUAUAUUUAUUUUGUCAUCUUUAUCAUCUUUGGGUCGUUCUUCACUUUGAACUUAUUCAUUGGUGUCAUCAUAGAUAAUUUCAACCAACAGAAAAAGAAGCUUGGAGGUCAAGACAUCUUUAUGACAGAAGAACAGAAGAAAUACUAUAAUGCAAUGAAAAAGCUGGGAUCUAAGAAACCACAAAAGCCAAUACCUCGGCCAGGGAACAAAUUCCAAGGAUGUAUAUUUGACCUCGUAACAAACCAAGUUUUUGAUAUCACCAUCAUGGUUCUUAUCUGCCUCAACAUGGUAACCAUGAUGGUAGAAAAAGAGGGACAAAGUAAAUACAUGACUGAUGUUUUAUACUGGAUAAAUGUGGUUUUUAUUAUCCUUUUCACUGGAGAAUGUGUGCUGAAACUGAUCUCCCUCAGACACUACUACUUCACUGUAGGAUGGAACAUUUUUGACUUUGUGGUUGUGAUUCUCUCCAUUGUAGGUAUGUUUCUGGCUGAGCUGAUAGAAAAAUACUUUGUGUCCCCUACCCUGUUCCGAGUGAUCCGGCUCGCCAGGAUUGGUCGAAUCUUGCGUCUGAUCAAAGGGGCCAAGGGGAUCCGCACGCUGCUCUUUGCUCUGAUGAUGUCCCUUCCUGCCUUGUUUAACAUCGGCCUCCUGCUCUUCCUGGUCAUGUUCAUCUAUGCCAUCUUUGGAAUGUCCAACUUUGCCUAUGUUAAAAAGGAAGCUGGAAUUAAUGACAUGUUCAACUUUGAGACCUUUGGCAACAGCAUGAUCUGCCUGUUCCAAAUUACCACCUCUGCUGGCUGGGACAGAUUGCUAGCACCUAUUCUCAACAGUGCACCACCUGACUGUGAUCCAAAAAAAGUUCAUCCUGGAAGUUCAGUUGAAGGAGAUUGUGGGAACCCAUCUGUUGGGAUAUUCUAUUUUGUCAGUUACAUCAUCAUAUCAUUUCUGGUUGUGGUGAACAUGUACAUUGCUGUCAUCCUGGAGAACUUCAGUGUUGCUACUGAAGAAAGUACUGAACCCCUAAGUGAGGAUGACUUUGAGAUGUUCUACGAGGUUUGGGAGAAGUUUGAUCCUGAUGCCACCCAGUUUAUAGAGUUUGCCAAGCUUUCUGAUUUUGCAGCUGCCCUGGAUCCUCCUCUUCUCAUAGCCAAACCAAACAAAGUCCAGCUCAUCGCCAUGGACCUGCCCAUGGUCAGUGGGGACCGGAUCCAUUGUCUUGACAUCUUAUUUGCUUUUACAAAGCGUGUUUUGGGUGAAAGUGGAGAGAUGGACUCUCUACGUUCACAGAUGGAGGAAAGGUUCAUGUCAGCAAAUCCUUCUAAAGUGUCCUAUGAACCCAUAACAACUACACUAAAACGAAAACAAGAGGAUGUCUCUGCUACUGUCAUUCAGCGUGCUUACAGACGUUACCGCUUACGGCAAAAUGUCAAAAAUAUAUCCAGCAUAUACAUAAAAGAUGGAGACCGAGAUGAUGGUUUGCCCAAUAAAGAAGAUAUGGUGUUUGAUAACAUUAAUGAGAACUCGAGUCCAGAAAAAACAGAUGCAACCCCGUCCACUGUCUCUCCACCUUCAUACGACAGUGUAACAAAGCCAGGCAAAGAGAAAUAUGAAACAGACAAAACAGAAAAGGAAGACAAAGGGAAAGAUAGCAAGGAAAGCAAAAAAUAG